ACCAAAAUGCACGGUCGCCUUAAAGUACGUACCACCGAGGAAGAGCGCGAACGCAAGAAGAAGGAACAGGCUCUAAAAGUUAAAGCAUACAAGGCUGCAACAGCAAAGAUAAGUGUUAAGAGACAAAAUCAUGAAUACGAUGAUGAAAUGUUAGCCUAUACUACACCCAUUCUUCAACGUAAUCCUGAUGUUUCCACUUUGUGGAAUAUUCGAAGGGAAUGCAUUCUAGCCAAAAUGAAGAAAAUCCAAGAGGAAGAUGAUAUACCCGAUGAAAAUGCAGAGAGCAAAGAAGAUCGUAUUUUAAAAGUAUUAGAGACUGAAAUUUCCUUGACGGAACAAUGCCUCUUGGUCAAUCCCAAGAGUUACAAUAUUUGGCAUCAUCGUAUGUGGCUGUUGGAACAAUCACCCAAAGCCAACUGGCAGCGAGAGGUUAUGUUGUGCAAUAAAUACUUAAAAAUGGAUGAAAGGAACUUCCAUACAUGGGAUUAUAAACGUUAUGUUGUGGAAAAGGCUCAAGUUCCCAAGGAAGAAGAAUUGGAUUUCUGUACUGAGAAAAUUAAAGUUAAUUUUUCCAAUUACUCUUCGUGGCAUCAUAGGAGUUUACUACUGCCCGCUCUCUAUCCCUAUGAGGGCGAUGCUAAACCCAAACGUCCCAUGAGUGAAGAAAAACUGAAGGAAGAAUUGGAAAUGGUACUUACGGCGGCGUUUACUGAUCCCUACGAUAGCUCAGCAUGGUUUUAUCAACGAUGGCUUUUGGGAUAUUCCCAACCAGAAUUGGCUGUGUGUGCAUUUAGAUGUAGCAAAGACAAGACUGUCUUAUCGUUUACCAAACCCACUACCAAGGAAGAGUUAAAAGUAUUACUCACCGGUGGUGGACAAACAUUGGAAAUUACUGAUUUCCAAACACUCAAUAAUCAAGUCUCUGAUACAAGUUUCUAUAGCAAAACCCAAGUAGAAAAUCCUUCACUGUAUACACAAUUGGAAGUCACUUCCAAAGCACUUAAAACAAUCACACUACCUCUAAGUAAAUACAACGAUGACAUUUAUUAUUUCCAACCUUUGGAGGCCACCACAACGUAUACUCCAGAUGUAUUGGAUCAGCUAAAAUCACAAUUAGAGUCCUGCGAGAGUCUUUUGGAAUAUGAACCCGAUAGUAAAUGGUGUUUGCUUACAUCGGCACUAUUGAUGAGGGCCAUCGAUUGCAACGCGUACCAUGACAAAACCAUGGAGUAUUUGAAGAAAUUACAAAAAGUUGAUAGCUUAAGGGAAAAUUAUUAUAAGGACUUGGCUUCCAAAUGGAUUUUGCAGAAAGCUUUAAUUCAAUGGUCAAAGACUGGUGAAAAUAUGUUAAAAUCAUUAGAUUUGUCACAAGAAAAUCAACUAACAUGCCUUACGGAUAAGCAAUAUUUAAUAGUGGCUGAUGAAAUAAUCCUAUCGGAGGAAUUGACCAAACGCUAUGGUGAACUGAAAUCAUUUAUCAAUAUUUAA